AUGACAAAUAAUUUCCAGAAGAUUCUUGGUGAAGGAGGUUUCGGGAUCAUCUAUCACGGUUAUCUGAACGAUGUUGAGCAAGUAGCUGUUAAAGUGGAACUUUUAAUGAGAGUUCAUCAUAAUAAUUUAGUGAACCUUGCUGGAUACUGUGAUGAAAGAAAUCAUUUGGCAUUGGUAUACGAGUUCAUGGAAAAUAGAGACUUAAAAGAGCAUCUCUCAGGAAAAGAAGGCUACUCAUUCUUGGACUGGCCAUCUAGACUACGAAUAGCUGCAGAGGCUGCACUUGGAUUGGAAUACUUGCAUACCGGAUGCAAACCACCUAUGAUUCAUAGAGAUGUCAAGAGCACAAAUAUAUUGUUAAAUGGAGACUUUCAGGCAAAACUUGGUGAUUUUGGGCUUUCAAGAUCUUUCCCUGUUGGGAGCGAAACUCAUGUGUCGACAGUUGUUGUCGGAACUCCUGGAUUCCUUGAUCCAGAAUAUUUCCAAACACAACGGUUGUCCGAGAAGAGUGAUGUCUACAGUUUCGGUAUUGUAUUAUUAGAAAUCAUCACAAACCAACUCGUCAUCGAUCCAACCCGCGAGAGGCCUCAUAUAGGAGAAUGGGUGAAGUGUAUGCUCUCUAUAGGAGAUAUCGAAAGUAUAAUGGACCCAAACCUCAAAGGGAGUUAUGACUCUAGCUCUGCCUGGAAAAUUGUUGAACUGGCAAUGUCCUGUACGAUACCUUAUUCAGAAAAAAGACCAAACAUGGCUCAAAUUGUUCAUGAACUAAACGAGUGUCUAAUACACGAGAACUUAAAAAGGGGAAGGACUCAAGAUAUGCGCUCAAAGAGUUAUAGUGAAGUGAGCACAGCCACCCAAAUGGCUCCUAUGGCACGUUAA